AGAUCGAUUCUAUUUUUGUUGACCCGUCAUGGACUGCUCGUGUUUGCUGCGUUGCUUAAAUACGUCGAGGUAAGUCUUUUUCUGAGACGGAACGUUUAGGUGUUCUUCAACCACGUCUUAACUUUAAACUUUGCUUAAUCGGACGAUCAUGUAUUUCAAGAUCAAGAGCGUCAUCGCCGCCGGUCUGGCCACCACCACCCUGGCCCAGGUCCAGCAGGGGUUCAACUACGGCGCCACGAACGAAGACGGCUCCUGCAGAGGCUACGAUGACUUCCGGAGCUACUUCGAGACUGCAAAGGGUCUUGCCGGCGCCGGGUCCUUCACUUCGGCACGCCUCUACACGUCCAUCCAGUGCGGCACGGUCAACGACCCGAUCUCGGCGUACCAGGCCGCCAUCGACACCGACACGUCGAUCCUCGUCGGCUUGUGGGCCAGCGCCGGCCGCGGCGUCUACGAGAACGAGCUGAACUCGCUCCUCCGCGCGGCGGAACAGUACGGCACCGCCUUCACCGACCGCGUCGUCGGCAUCUCCGUCGGUUCCGAGGAUCUGUACCGGAGCAGCCCCGACGGCGUCGCCGCCAAUGCCGGAGUCGGAGCCACGGGCGCCGAGAUCGAGGGCUACAUCGGAUGGCUGCGGGAUUGGAUCCGCGGCACCGCCCUGGAGGGGAAGCCCAUCGGCCACGUCGACACGUGGACCGCCUGGGUCCGCGGCGAGAACGCCGGCGUCGCCGCGUCUGUUGAUUGGCUCGGCCACAACUCGUUCCCGUACUUCGAGUCCACCAAGCCCAACGCCAUCGAGCAGGCGCCCGAAAACUUUUGGUCCGGAGUCGGCAGCACCGAGAGCGUUGCAGGUGGCAAGCCUGUGUUCAUCACUGAGACUGGGUGGCCGCACAUCGGCCCUCAGUCGGGCGCUGCAGUCGCUUCUGUCGACAACGCUCGCCAGUACUGGUCUCAGGUUGGAUGCGCUCUCUUCGGUCAGCGCAACGUCUGGUGGUACACCCUCCUCGAUGCGAACACGGCACAGACCAACAUUGAAUUUGGUGUGACACCGGCUGGCAGCUCGCGGCCGGUCUUUGACCUGACUUGUUAAGCACGAGUUGGGUGUGAUGAGGAGAGAUUCAAGAUCACGGACAUGGAGCAUUCAAGUAUUUAAAGGAUGUUCAAACAUGCCAAGACGUAAAUAGUAAUGUUAAUCCAUCGCUUUUUUAAAUACCUCUCCUGCGGCCAAUGGAAAUAUACUCCGC